AUGAAGCUAUCAGUGGUUACCCUCGCCCUGCUCGGUGUCACGGCCGCCCUUGACUUCAAAUCUCGAGAAUCAAAACGUGUGGUUCGCGGAAUCGCUGUACAAGCCGAAGGAAAGCGUGCCCUCCAUCAGCCACUUAAACCCCGCGAUGGCGAUCAAGGGGAUGAAGGAAAGAUUGUGGGCCACGCCGAUGUCACGUUCUGUCAAAAAAACAAGCCCGUGGAUAAAUGCGAAACCAUACAAAAGGUGCCGCUCGUCGAUGGAACUGGCGAGACAGCGAAAGGGGUGUGCAUGCGUACUACACUUUCUACCAUCGACUCCAUUAAGACGGAACCAAACGUUAUUUGCCUCGCUUUUGCCAACGACAAAUGCGAAAUGAACACUGCAAAAGACUAUUUCAGUUUUGUAGGCGAAUCGAAGAACCUAGCAAAUUCCACGUUGUCGGGAGGGACGCCAGAUGAAGAACACGUCGACCUGACAAAGGCCGUCAAAUCAUUCAAUUGCGCGCUCCUUCCCCCUGAGACUACGACCAAAAUCAAGAUCUGCCCGGAGAAGAACUUGCAUGGUCAAUGCAAAGAUAUAGAAGCGACUGUCCACCUUACACAAAAAAUCCACAACAAAAAAGCGUGCAUCGAUCCCAAAAUGCCCUACAUUGGCUCUAUCAACGUACCCAAGGGCGUUCGUUGCGAAUUUUACGACAACAAGGCGUGUCGAGAUGAAGGAAAAAAGUUCCCCUAUGGUAUCAACAGUCGUGCGGAGAACGACGCAUCGCAAUACAAGAGUCUGUUGGGUCCAGUCAAUAUUACCAAGAAGAUUGCGGGAUUCGUUUGCAUGCCAAGUCCUCCGCCUCUCCCUAAGCCCGUGAAGAAGGGCUUUGUCCAGGUCACGGUAUGUUCGGAAAGGAAUUUCAAGGGGUGCACCAAGAAGGAGUUCCCCAUGGGCAAGGAGGGCGGUUUGAUCACCGAUUAUUGCGUCGUGGGCCCUGUGAAGGCACUGUCCCUUAAAGUUGAGGCAUCCGGUAUUUGCCGCUUUUUCUCUACCGCCGAUUGCUCGGGCGAGGCUUACUUCACCCCGUACAUGGAAGAAUCGGAUUUGUCCAAGUUUCUCGGCGACGACGACAAAACCUAUGAUUUCAGCAACUACAUCAAAUCUUCCCUCUGCCUUGAUCCAGCACUCGUUACGCCCGAAUAA